CUUCUUCCCCUCAAAAUAUUUCCAAUUCACUCUCAAAAUUAAGCCAAUUAUGUCAAUGGCUAAAGUUUACCCUACCAAAUCAAACCUAAGUACAAUUUCUUCUUCUUCUUCUUCUUCUUCUUCUUCUUCUUCUAUUAAUUCCUCUAACUGUUAUGUGAGCCCAAGUAGAGAAAUAUUCACUUUGUGGAUGAAAUCUCUAGUCUACCAUGGAAAUGGAUGCACUGUUUAUGACUCAAAAGGCCAAAUUAUUUAUCGAAUUGACAACUACAACAUAAAACGUAGCAAAGAAGUCCAUCUCAUGGAUUCCAAUGGCAGAGUGCUCUUUUCUAUUCGAAAUAGGAAAGUUCCAGUUUUUGGCCAUUGGGAGGGCUAUAAAUGGAGUUAUGAUGGAGUGACUAGUAAGGAGAUACCGUGGUUUCAAGUGAAGAAAAUUCACAAUGUCCGUAGGGGAGAUAAUAUGAAUUACUAUAAUGUUAUAUUGGGAUGUAAUUCGGAAUCAAGUUGCUAUAACAUUAUCCUUGGCACAACAUCAAUUAAGAUUGUGAACCAACAUGGCAGACUUGUUGCAGAGGUAAAACAAAAACAAGCAAGUUCAGGAGUACUUUUCGGAAAUGAUGUAUUAACAUUGGUGGUGGAACCUCAUGUUGAUCACUCAUUAGUUAUGGCUCUUGUCACUGUUUGUGGUCUCAUCCAUCACAGAAUUUGAAUAUUAGUAUUAAAAACCUGUUUGGAUUGGCUUAAUUUAAGUGUUUUGAAGCACUUUUGUAGUGUUUGAAUAAGAUAAAAAAAAAAGUGCUUUUAAACACUUAUUUUCAAGUCAAAAUAAUAAAAAUAAGUCAAAGUUAUAAGUGCUUUAAGAGUCCUAGUUACUUUUUCUCUUCAAUAAUUGCAAUAUCCCUCUAUAGUAGAACUUGAUUAUAGUCUGUACUCUGUACUUUAAGGGAUGAGUUGCUUGGAUGUAAUCGUUUGAUGAAUAUCGAAGUGUACAAUCAAUUAUCUAUGUGUCAGGUUGGACAGUUUGAAUUA